AUGUCGCCAGACCCGAAAGAAAGCGCUCAGAAGCCCGUCAUCAUCGUAGGCGGCGGGCUGGCUGGGCUGGUUGCAGCCUUCGAGCUGUCGCAGCGCAAUGUCCCGACGCUGAUCCUGGACCAGGAAAAUGAAAAGACGUUGGGUGGCCAGGCCUUUUGGUCGCUCGGAGGCAUCUUCAUGGUCGAUUCUAGCUACCAGCGCCGCGUGGGCAUCAAGGACUCGCGCGAGCUGGCAAUGCGCGACUGGUUUUCGUCCGCGCGCUUCGACCGCGAGAAGGAGGACUACUGGCCCCGGAAGUGGGCCGAGGCGUAUGUCAACUUUGCGACCGACGAGAUGGAGGACUACGUCAAGGCCCGUGGUAUGGGUUUUCUGAUGAAUGUUGGUUGGGCGGAACGUGGUGACGGCCGUGCCGAGGGCCACGGUAAUUCCGUGCCCCGGUUCCAUCUCACGUGGGGAACAGGCCCAGAGGUCGUACGUGUCUUCCGAGAGCCUGUAUUGGAGGCUGUCAAGAAGGGCAUUGUCGAGAUCAAGUACAGGCACAUGGUUGAUGAAUUGAUUGUCGACGAGAAGACUGGAGCCGCUAUCGGGGUGAGAGGUCGGAUACUGGAACCAGAUGACUCGGAUCGGGGCCAAAAGUCAUCGAGAACAGUAGUCGGCGAGUUCGAAAUCCAUGGAGCCUCGGUGCUGGUUUCGUCCGGUGGUAUUGGUGGUAAUAUUGAAGCUGUCAAGGCAGCCUGGCCCGUCGAUCGUCUGGGCCCGACCCCAAAGAAGUUUGUUAUCGGUGUACCAGCACAUGUUGACGGCCGAAUGAUCGGAAUCACAGAGAAAGCUGGUGGCAACAUCGUCAACCGGGACCGUAUGUGGCAUUAUACUGAAGGCUUGUCCAACUUUGACCCAAUUUGGCCGCUGCAUGGUAUUCGAGUACUACCUGCACCAUCUUCGCUCUGGCUGGACGCUACGGGCAAAAGGCUGCCACCACAGCUGUUCCCCGGAACCGAUACUCUCGCCACACUUGAAUAUCUUGGAACUACUGGAUACGACUACUCGUGGUUCAUUCUAGACCAGACGAUCAUUGCUCGAGAAUUCGCCUUGUCCGGCUCGGAGCAGAAUCCCGACUUGACCAACAAGAGCAUCUGGCAGUUCCUAACAACCCGCAUCUUUGGUAAGAAAGGAACUCCUAACGUCCAGGCUUUCCAGAAGCAAGGCGAGGACUUCGUUGUAAGAGAUAACCUGGAAGACUUGGUCAAAGGAAUGAACGAGCUGGUUCAACCUACCGGUGGUGUCGCUCUGGACUACAAGCAAAUCAAAGAGGUCGUCGAAGCCCGCGACGCGCAAAUGGACAACAGCUUCUCGAAGGAUGCUCAGGCCAUGCUGAUUCACAACGCACGAAACUACUGGCCUGACAAGAGAGGUCGCGUUGCACCACCCCAUAAGCUGUUGGAUCCAAGCCAUGGACCCCUUAUUGCUGUAAGGAUGAACAUCUUAACACGAAAGACGCUUGGAGGUCUGGAAACCAAUCUGCAAAGCAAUGUAAUGAGGGCAGACGGAUCGCCGUUCCCAGGAUUGUAUGCAGCUGGAGAAGCUGCCGGGUUCGGAGGGGGUGGCGUCCAUGGAUACAGCGCCCUCGAGGGAACGUUCUUGGGUGGGUGCAUCUUCUCUGGAAGGGCUGCCGGGCGUGCUAUGGCCGAUGAGGUGUUGGACCAGCCCGCAGUGAGCAAGUUGUGA